AUGAUCUUAUUAACAACAUGGAGUUAUUAUUAUUUUAUUAGUAUUGAUGUUAGUGAAAAUCAUUCAAUAUCCUCAAUGGUUAUAGGUAACUUCAUGGAUGACAAGAUACACAUUUCUAUUUUAAUUGAUAGUGAACGGGGUCUUUUAUACAUGGAUAGUCUUCUGAAAUCCCUUUUUUAUUAUCAGAAACCAUUUCAUUUUGACUUUAAACAAUGUUGUAUAUCCGAUCUCUGUGAUAAAAUCGGCGAUGAUUCCUCACAUUAUAAAGAUAGAAUGUUACAUAUUUAUCCAACUGUAUUUCAUAUUUUAACAAAUAAUAAGUCCAGCAGUUAUUCGAUCCAUUUUCUAAAUAUGUGGAAAUUGCAUAAUGUGGAGUAUUAUUUUUAUGUGUACAACACGUAUUUGGACAGACUUCAAUGGAUCGUAUCUAAACAUCCUUCAGGUGCAAAGCCAUUUGUAAAACUAUUACUCCCUGAGAUUCUCCCACCUUCUGUAAACAAAGUCAUUGUACUUGAUCUCGAUAUGAUUCUUAACACUAACAUUGUUGAACUAUGGAAUCACUUUGAGAAAUUUCAAGAAACCCAGAUGAUAGGCAUUGGGUUGGAACAAAAUCCGUAUUUUCAAGAAGUUAUGAAAAAUUUAAUCAGUGACUGGGAAGGUUACGGAUAUAAUGGUGGGAUUUUAUUGUUCGACUUGUCACAACUACGUUUGAUGAUGUGGAAUGAUAUAUGGUUGAGCAUAACUGUACACUUGUUGCAAAUUAAAGGAUACCUAAUCACAGGAGAGCAAGAUGUAAUGAAUAUGAUCGUAUGCAAAUACAAUGAUCUUCUGUAUGAAAUUCCUUGCGAAUGGAAUGUUCAAUUAAGUGCUGGGUCAGAACCUGAAGGAUGUCCGGUUAGUUGGUUAAGUCAUGUGGAAUUGCAAAAACGCAAUUAUUAUACAAUUAAUAAACAACCAAAAAUUAUCCAUGUCAAUCAUCAUAUAAAACCGGAAGAUAAAUAUUUUCCAAAACCCGUAUCUAUCAAUAAAAUUGACCGAUCGGAUGUUAUACUUAAACGACAUGAAAUGUACUACAGACUCAGUUCGCUUUAUCUAGCCCGUUACGCUUACGAGAAAUAUAAAACAAUAUUUGAGGGUUACCAGCGUCAUCGUCAAGUAGACACCAACCAACCAACCAAAUCAGUCACCAAAGAAGAACCAAAACAGUCAAAUACCACUGACUUACCUUCAAACGAUGAUAAAAAAGUAUCUGGGUGUCCAUCAAGCGUCACAAACUUAACAUCGAAAAGUGAAGAAAAUGAUGAAUUUAAAGUUUAUCAGGCAGAUCCCGAUUGCUACAAUGGAGCCAAUAGAGAUAAAUACACAUGGAGCCAGACUAUCAAGGAUAUUGAUAUUAAAAUAAAGAUACCAGAAAACGUGGAUGCUCGCAAUAUUUCUGUUAAUAUUGAACGCAAACAUAUUCGUGUUUCAAUUCAAAAAGACAAGAAAGAACUUUUCUGUUUCGAUGGGGAUUUGUGUUGGGAGAUUCACAAGAAUGAUGCUAUCUGGACCUUCCACUCCAAAGAAAAUCAAAUCCAGCUGUGUCUUGACAAGGUUCAGGAACGGUGGUGGGAAGCUGCUUUUGAUGGAGAAGACAAACUAAACACACGGAAAAUCGAUUGCUCUCGGCCUAUGCACGAACUAGACGAUGAGGCGCAGGCUAAAAUCCAACAGUUAAUGUACGAUGAACAGCGCAAACGCCAAGGACUACUUACUAGCGAACAAGAAAAAAUGAAAAACAUACUCGCCAAUGCUUGGAACAAAGAGGGUUCACCUUUUCGAGGAACUCCGUAUGACCCUAGUCAAGUCAAAAUAGACGGCACAAGUAUGCACAUUCAAACCCAACCGAUGUGA